GGCGUGUGCCCUCCACACACACUUCUCUAUCUAAAUAUUUCCUUCUCCUAUUCUUUCCUUCACUUGAGGACGUACAUACUCACUAAUUCAUUGCUCAUUUGAAUCCAUAUCUUUCCUUCCCAAUGGCUUCUAACCAAACUCCUACUCUCAAUGGAUCCACGAUAUUGGGCACCAAUCAUACCCUAGACAUCGAAAAAAUAAAGGAGGACGACUUCGACUACUCGAAGCGGUCCCAAUGGCUCCGAGCAGCUGUUCUUGGCGCCAAUGACGGACUGGUAUCCACUGCUUCCCUUAUGAUGGGCGUUGGAGCCAUCAAGACUGAUAUCAAGGCCAUGAUAUUGACGGGCUUCGCGGGCCUCGUGGCAGGAGCCUGCAGCAUGGCCAUAGGAGAGUUCGUUUCGGUGUACUCUCAGCUGGACAUAGAGCUGGCCCAAAUGAAGAGGAACAACAGCCGAAACGGGGAGCUAGACCGAGCCCAGGUGGCUGGGACAGAAGACGGGGAGGAGGAGAAGCUGCCGAACCCGUUGCAGGCAGCUUCUGCCUCUGCCCUAGCGUUCUCGAUCGGUGCAAUGGUGCCCCUCCUAGGGGCAUCAUUCAUAAAGGAGUACAAGGUCAGGCUCGGAGUGGUGAUCGCGUGUGUGACUGUCGCUCUAGUGGUGUUCGGCUGGUUAGGGGCAGUGCUAGGGAAGGCACCCACCGUCCGGUCUUGCCUUAGGGUCUUGCUAGGCGGUUGGCUUGCAAUGGCGGUCACAUUCGGGCUGACUAAAUUGAUCGGCUCCCGCGCACUCUAAACCGAAACUGAACGAAUUAAUUGGAUGUGAUCUAAGACGUCAAGCUUCAAAAAUUGAGAUUCGGUUACCCUGAUCCAAGUUUACAAUGUCGAUUAAAUAUAUCACAUGGAAGGUUAAUUAAGUUUUACGUAAAUCUUUUUCUGUUUAAAUGUACGAAAUUAUGUAUCUCAUCCCUUUUGCUUUCGUCUAGUGUACUAAGAGACGGUAUAACGUCCAUUAGGAUACGAGUACUAGUAAGGUGGGGGUGGUGGUAAUUUUAUGAGGAUUAUUAUUAUUAAAUAGGUAGAAUUACCAUUUUAUUUCUUUUCCUUGAUAAUGUGCUUGUGAAUUAUUAUAUUAAAGAACAAUAUUGGACUACC